AUGGUCGGUGUUUUUGCUUUCCUUUUGGCUCUCUUUUUGUCCAAAGUGGUGUGUAUUAUUUGGAUUUUGGGAAGAUAUUCUGCUCCUAUCAGAAAAGCACUUUCCAAACGAAAUGAUCUUAAACUUGCAGGUGAUUGGGCCAUUAUUACCGGCGCAACAGAUGGCAUUGGCAAAGCUUUUGCCGAAGAACUUGCUGCAGAUGGUCUCAACAUUUUUCUCAUAAGUCGCAACUCUGAUAAGCUGGCCAAAGUUGCACAGGAACUUGAGCGCACAUAUAAAAUUAAGACGAAGGUGUUUACCGCCGAUUUUACGAAGGGCGACUUUUAUGAAGCUCUCAAACGUGAAAUCGACGGGCUUACGUCAGUAGCAUGUCUCAUAAAUAACGUUGGUAUGUCGCAGGUGUGUGCAGGUCCAACAGCGUCGUGUGAAUUUCUCACAGUAGAGUUUAUUCAGCGCAUGAUUUUCUGUAAUGUAACCUCAACUUCCUGUAUGACAAGAAUCACCUUGCCAAAAAUGAUGUCCCAGAUCGAUAAAAAACGUCCACCGCCUUGUAUAAUUUCUAUGUCGUCAGUGUCGGGUAUUUUCCCCCGGCCCUACAAAUCUCUCUACGCUGCUUGCAAAUCAUUUGUCCACAAUUUUGCUGCUUCUGUCGCUGGUGAGACGAGGACUUGUUGUCGGACGCACGUACGUUUUCUUACUCUCACCCCUGGGUUUAUCUGGACCCCUAAUAGAGGCGAGAAAAAAGUCAACUUCUUCAUUCCUACUGCAGAGGUUUAUGCUAAAUCAGCACUUGGCAUGAUUGGGAUCGCACAGCAGUGCUGUGGCUUCCUACCACAUGAGCUGAUGGUUAUUGGCCUCGGUCUGUUACCAGGCUUCCUACGCGAUUGGAUUAUUGCAAAAUUCGAAUUAAUUCAAAGGAAAAAAUAUUUGUCUAGUGUUAAAAACCAGUAG